AAGGGUUUUUUUUUUUUGUAGAAGUACAUCUAUAUGAAGAAGAUAAUGGAAACCUAGCUAUUAUUAUGCAAGUCCUUCUUAUUAAAUUUAUUGACAGUCAUUGUAAAGCUAUUGUCAGGGUGCAACAAAGAACAGCAUCAUCAAAGCUGGUCUUUUCGCAACCUGACUACAAGAGGACAGAGGAAGGAGACCAUUUGGCAGGAUAGGCUGAUUUAUGACAGGGUCUGGUUUUCAAACGUGGGAAAGGACCAAAGGAAAGGGAGGUGUGGAUGGAGAAGGAGGAGGGGGGAGGCAACAACCCCAUAUACUGAGGGGAAAAGCGGAAGAGAGUCAGUAAAAGCUUUUGCAGUCAUCUUGGCAAGGCGGAUUCAAUAAAGUUUUCCAUUGCGACCAGCGGUGUGAGCCUAUUUCUUGGGUCCUACACCUUCCAGGAGCGGACAUUAAGCUUUUACUCCCUUUUUUUUCGGCUCAUCCCGUGAGGAAAGGUCUCUCCGGUGAGAGCAUGAACCCUGAUGGAGGAGAAACCAUGAAGGAAUUCCUCUUCCUGGAAGAAGAACAGGCGAACCCUCGAGGUGCAGAGGAGUUGAGAGAGGAAAGGAACCCAUCGCCCGCAUUGAGCGAAGGGGGGACAGACCCCUCGGACCCGUCGUGGAAGCCGCUGACCUCCACCCAGUUACCCGCAGGCAGGGGAGUGACGAUGGAUCUGAUGCAGCGGCAGGUAAACGAGUCCUGGAGGGCGACAGUCGAGCAACGGGAGCAGAGGAGAGGGCUGCCCGGGAGAGGCACUGAACCCCGUCCCUUUGCCGGGGAGGGUCCACAGGACUAUGUGGAUGAGAUGCCUCAGCAGGGCACAUCAGUUUUCCCCACGGGCCUGUCGGGAAGGAGCCAAAUGCCUGGGAAGGGAGAAUUUCGGGUGAAGUUCAACGGGGACCCCAAACAGCUGUCUUAUUUCAUUACAAACGUAAGACACUUCAUGGAGGAUUUUGGGGACCAAUUCCCUUCAGAAAGCGCAAAAAUCCACAUGGUGGGGGCAAACUUGAAAGAAGCAGCUGCAGACUGGCUAAUGCAGAUGUAUGAUACUGGUGCCCGGGAGCUAGCCUGUCUGGAGGAUUUCCUAAGAGCCCUCCGUGAGAGAUUCGAAGACCCUUUGGCAGAGGAGAGGGCGAAGGCCCAACUCAAAAGGAUAUACCAGGGAGGAAGGACAGUGUCAGAAUAUGCCCUGGAAUUUAAAGCCACAGCGGGGAAGAUCAGGGACUGGUCCGACACCACCAAACUGGAAUAUUUCAGGGCUGGUUUACGCUCUGAGGUGCUCGAGUGGGCUUUACACAGAGGAAAUCCAAGAGACUUGGAGGACUGGAUUUUGCUAGCGGGGCGCGUGGAGGUGGACCAACAGCAAAUCUCUCGUCGUCCAAGGGAGAGCAACAGAAUCAAACCCCCGACAGCAGCAACACGGCGCUUCUCCCCUCGUCGCGGAAGGUCGACCAGCAGGGAGAGGAGAGCAGGGAGGGGGGCCUGCUUCGCUUGCGGCCGCGAGGGACAUCGAGCGGCAGAGUGUCCGAAAGGGACAGGCGUGGAGACAAAAGGAGAGAGGCUUCACAGCCAGAAGCCACCCCACCAGAGCUCCAAACUAGCAAAAGGGAAAGCUGCCAUGGCAACGGAAACGGCUUUAGCCCCAGGGCAGCUUCAGGCAGAAGAGAUGGAGGAAGCGGAGGACCUGGAGUUACCGGGAAACGACUGGGAUCUGUUUUGAACGCCCGGAAACAGAUCGAACCACCAGAGGGCGACGGGGGUGAGUUGAGAAGAGUAAAUUGUGACAUUGUGAGAGUCAGAGUGAGGCUGUUGAACCCAGAGACAGGGAUUCAGGUAGAGGCAGAUGCUAUGUUGGACUGUGGGUGCACGAGAUGCCUAAUUACUCCCGAACUAGCAAACAGGUUGGGGGUGGAGCCAAACCCACUAAAGACACCAGUAGUCUUCGCACAAUUGGAUGGAACCCCAGCAUACGGAGUCCCAGUAACAGAAAAAACAGGGUUUUUAAGAAUGACUAUGGGUUCUCAUGCUGAGACAUUGCAAUUUGUGAUUUCAACAAUGGCACAUCAGCCAGUCAUUUUGGGCGUUCCUUGGCUGAGAUGGCAAAACCCUCAGAUUGACUGGAAAAGGGAGACAUUUACUUUCUGGGAUGGAAAUUGCAAUUUUGAGAGUACCCCGAAAGACAUAGAGGUACUGGAGCCAGAGGGGGCGAUAGCAGCCACGUCACAGGGGGUACCAUUGGAAAGUGUUCCCAGAGUCUACCAUGAAUUCGCAGAGGUGUUCAGUGAGAAGGAGUGUGACCAGUUGCCCCCUUAUAGGAAGACGGACUGUGCAAUUGAAAUAGACCCCAAUGCCAAACUACCUAAGCCAAAACUCUAUGCAAUGUCGGAACCAGAGAAAAGGGCACUCAGAGAAUUUAUUGACAAAAAUAUAGAGAGAGGCUUCAUCUCAGUCCCCCAUGGCAGCGCCAGUAUUUUUCAGGCCAAAAGCAGACGGCCUAAGAUUGGUCGUGGAUUAUAGAGGUCUUAACGCAAUAUCCACCACAAACCAAUACCCGCUUCCCCUAAUGUCAGAGAUGUUGGCGCAAUUGGGCGAGGCAUGCAUCUUUACCAAACUGGACUUGCGGGAGGCUUUUUAUAGGAUUCGAAUCAAAGAUGAAGACUGUUGGAAAACGGCUUUUAAUUGUCACCUUGGGCAGUACCAUUUUAAAGUUUUACCUUUUGGCUUGUGCGGAGGUCCAAAGGUGUUCAUGCAGUUCAUAAAUGAGACCUUUCGUGACAUGCUAUAUAAGGGGGUUAUUAUAUAUCUCGAUGACAUUCUUUUGUACAGUAAAUCACUGUCUGAACACAUUAGGCUGACUCGAGAAGUCUUGCGGAGAUUAAAGGAGAAUCAGCUUUAUGCUAAACUCUCCAAGUGUGAAUUCCACAAAACGGAGUUAGACUACUUGGGGUUCCGCAUUUCCACAAAAGGCAUAGCUAUGGACCCCGCCAAGGUGCAGGAUGUAUUGGCGUGGGAGCCUCCAAGGACUCGAAGACAGCUGCAGGGAUUCCUAGGCUUUGCAAAUUUCUAUAGACAGUUCAUCAAAGACUUUGCCAAGCUGUCUCUGCCUUUGACAGAAUUACUAAAGACUAAGGGAGUGGGGGAGACUCGGAAGACGAAGACGCCGGGUGCGAAGCUGAACUGGACGCCUGAGUGCCAAGAGGCGUUUGAGGAAUUAAAAAGGAGGUUCACAAGUCAACCCAUAUUAGUUCAUGCCCAACGGGACAAACCUUUCGUGGUUCAUUGUGAUGCAUCAGAGGCGGCCUAUGGAGCAAUACUGUUGCAGGCCGAUGAUGAGGGUGCUCUAAGACCGUGUGCUUAUUUAUCAAGAAAGUUCACGGAAACGGAACGGAAUUGGCGGGUGUGGGAGAAGGAGGCCUUCGCAGUGAAGGCUGCCCUAUCCCAUUGGAGGCAUUUCUUGGAGGGAACCGAGGCCCAAUUUGAGGUAUGGACUGAUCACAAGAAUCUGCAAGCUUUACGUACCCCUCAAAGGCUGAAUGCAAAACAACUGCGAUGGGCACAGUUCUUUAACCGUUUCAAUUUUAAGCUGAAGUUCUUUCCGGGGACCCAGAACAGGAUGGCAGAUGCCCUAUCUCGAAUGCCCGAUGCAAACUAUUCGGCCCUGGGGGAAGUCGGAACUGUGUUCACGAAAGAACAGCUGGGUUUGAUGGUGCAGACAAGGGCAACAGCGAAGGAAAAGCCCCCACCUAGUGGUCAACCACACGAACUGUCCCAGGAAUUGAGGCUAGCUGCAGAUGCAGACCCCUGGCUCCAGUCUCAUAGGGAUGAACUGUCUCAAACAGGGGGAUUGUGGACUCACGGUUCCAAAUACUAUGUACCGGAGGAACUUCGGGGGAGGGUGCUGGCCCAAGCACACGACUCCAAGCUCGCUGGUCAUUUUGGGUUUACAAAAACUCUGAAACUGUUGAAUAGACAAUUCUGGUGGCCAACCAUACGCAAGGAUGUAAAGGGUUAUUUGCAGGAAUGCCCAGUGUGCGCUAUGGCAAAACAAAAGGUGGGCAGACCGGAAGGAUUGUUGCAAUCAGUAGCAGACCCCUCGAGACCAUGGACGGAUAUAGCUAUGGACUUUGUGGUAGACCUGCCCAACAGCAACGGUUUCAACACAAUCUGGACUAUAAUUGACCUGUUCUCCAAACAAGCUCACUUCGUGGCCCUUAAGAGACUUCCAACGGCACCCGAGUUGGCCAAAUUGUUUCUGCAACACGUGUUCCGCCUGCACGGGUGUCCCAAGCGGAUCAUAAGUGACAGGGGCUCUCAGUUCACAUCGAGGUUUUGGAAGUCUUUCCUGGGUAUUUUAGGAACUGAAAGGGCCCUGAGCACAGCCUUCCAUCCAGAAACAGACGGAGCCACCGAACGGGUUCAGAAGACCCUUCAGCAGUUCCUCCGUUGCUACAGCACGUACCAGCAAGAUCAAUGGUCCUCGAUGCUACCACUUGCCGAAUAUUGCAUUAACAAUUCGGAUCACGCGUCCACUGGGGUCUCUCCGUUUAAAGUUGUGAACGGCAGAGAUUUUCCGCCAUUCCCCGCACUGCAAAAGGAGUUGCCUUCUCACGAGAAGCCAGGGAACUGGGGCGAGAAGAUCGCUGCCGCUUGGCCUUCAGUUCAGGAGGCCUUGCGCACCGCCAAAGUGGAUUACAAGAAAUAUGCAGAUAGAAAGAGAACAGCACCACCGGACUACAAAGUGGGGGAGUUAGUGUACUUGUCGACAAAGCACCUGAAAUCCACACAACCAUCCCGGAAGCUGAGCCCACGAUAUGUUGGUCCCUUUCCCAUUUCGGCCGUUGUGAACCCAGUGACAGUACGGUUACAAUUGCCUCAUAGAUGGCGCAAGGUGCACCCAGUGUUUCACGUUAGCCUGCUGAAACCAGCGCCAAACACUCACAGAUGGAGUAAACCGGGGGCAGAUCCGGUCCCCAUUAUGGUGGGGGCACACACCCAUUUUGAAAUCAAGGAUAUCCUGGACUCCAAGAAGUCUCGGGGGAAACUGUACUACUUGGUCCAAUGGUCUUCACAGACCUUACACCCGGAAUGGGUAGCAGCAGAGCAUGUUAAAGCCCCGAAGUUGAGAAAACAGUUUCACACAAAGUUUCCCCAUAAACCUGGACCAUGAUCCCGAAAAGGGGGGGGGUUGGACUCUCUCUCUCCUUCUUCUUUCCUUCUCCUGGCUUAUUCUGCUGCUGUUGUUCUUAGAUUGUCGGAACUUUGUCUCUCCCCGCAGGGUCGUCGUCCGAAGGGGGGAGUCAUGUCAGGGUGCAACAAAGAACAGCAUCAUCAAAGCUGGUCUUUUCGCAACCUGACUACAAGAGGACAGAGGAAGGAGACCAUUUGGCAGGAUAGGCUGAUUUAUGACAGGGUCUGGUUUUCAAACGUGGGAAAGGACCAAAGGAAAGGGAGGUGUGGAUGGAGAAGGAGGAGGGGGAAGGCAACAACCCCAUAUACUGAGGGGAAAAGCGGAAGAGAGUCAGUAAAAGCUUUUGCAGUCAUCUUGGCAAGGCGGAUUCAAUAAAGUUUUCCAUUGCGACCAGAGGUGUGAGCCUAUUUCU